AUGGCUCAGUAAAUAUCCCAACGCCGCCCAGCCUCCCUACAUUUACACUGGUCUCUGGAAACAGGAUUGACCGGAUUUCUCCCAGGUGCUUAGUUAGCAAAUCUAUUCCCAAUUCUAAACAGAUCAACUCCAGGAGAAAAGCUGGCGAAAACCUCUUGUUAACCAAUUAAAUCUUUCCGAACAUUGGAGGAGGGGGUGGGAGGGAGAGGAGGAUGUGGUGGCUCAUGUCCUCCUUGUAGGGCACUGACGGGCUUGGGAGAGACCCUGAUCUUAUUUCUCUGAGACUCGCACCGCUGCAUGACCGAACUCGUCACGGCGAUAGAGCAGCGACUGCAUUCUGCAUGUCAUCUCCAGGAAGCCUUUAAUCCCGGGUCUGUGAAUGCAGAAUCACUUGUAAAAGGAUGUCGGUUUCUUUUGGACCAACUCAGUUUCCCCAAUAACAAGGAGCGGGCUUCGAGGGCGUUGAAAGGGGCCAGGGCAGAGGACAGGGGCAAGAUCGCGGGCUCGGAGCGCCGGGGACGGUUUCCUUUGUGGCGAUGCCUUGUGAAUGAGACGCCGGGAAAAUGAGAAGAGCCUGGGACUCUGGAAGCGGAGCGGGCAGUCCCGGGUCACUUUAGGGGACCUUGAUCUGGAGCGUUCCAGGCAGGGGGAGGUUCACGAGGCGAGACUGAAGUUGUAGCAGAUGCUUCCCUGGUGGGACCAAGCCGGGGAGGGAGCUUUUGGCGACAGUCGGGCGGUAGAUUCGGGAGACGGACAGAGCCUCUCUCCGCCUGGCCCCCACCCGCUUGAAUUAGCCCGCUGGGCUCAGGUGGGCUAGAAAACUUGCCGCGAAGGCUCCAGGCGUGGGGAGGGAAGCCUGGAUGGAAAAGCGUGCAGGAGAUCGCCAGGGCUUGACCGGGGGGCUCUCCUGCCGCCUGUCUCUGGGAUCCUGAGCCAGUCUGGCCCCGGGAUCUUCCUCCAGUAAAUGCAUCCCUAAUGGUCCCUGGGAAAUUUCCCACCGCCCAGCGACAGGGAUGGGGCUCUGUCUCGGAAGCUCAGCUGACUCUUGCAGCACCGGGGACAGAGCCGCGGAGCCAGCCGGCUCCCCGCCCCGCCGCUCCUGCCACUAACUAGCCAGCGGCUCCCAGCUCUGGUCCCGAUUUCAGCACCAUAGACAGCGCUUCACCGGCCGGACCGGCGACCAUGCGGCCUCCUGCGCCUGCCGCUCAGCCUGGGACUGCAAACGUCUAGAGGGCAACGGACCCGAGCCCCUUGCGCUGCAAAUAAGCUACUGAUUCUCUGCUGUGUAGGGGAUCCGCGGCGGAUGGUGUGUUUUUUAAGUUACCUCAGGUUAAAAAUGGCUGAGAGGAUAAUCAAGCUUCCUUCCUGUCUUUGUGCAGGUUGGGAAACAGCAACUCUAAAAACAUGCAUCGAAGACACACAACCCUUCGGGAGAAAGGUCGGAGACAGGCUAUCCGAGGCCCAGCCUACAUGUUUAACGAGAAGGGCACCAGCCUGACCGCGGAGGAAGAACGCUUCCUGGAUUCUGCGGAAUAUGGCAACAUCCCCGUGGUGCGGAAAAUGCUGGAAGAGUCCAAAACCCUGAACUUUAAUUGUGUUGAUUACAUGGGACAGAAUGCCUUGCAGUUAGCGGUGGGGAAUGAGCAUUUGGAAGUGACUGAACUCCUUCUGAAAAAGGAGAAUCUGGCUCGAGUUGGAGAUGCACUGCUGUUGGCCAUCAGUAAGGGAUAUGUGCGCAUUGUGGAAGCAAUAUUGAACCAUCCAGCCUUUGCACAAGGGCAGCGUCUCACACUAAGCCCCCUUGAGCAGGAACUACGUGAUGAUGAUUUUUAUGCUUAUGAUGAAGAUGGAACUCGGUUUUCUCAUGACAUCACCCCCAUAAUACUCGCUGCUCAUUGCCAAGAGUAUGAAAUUGUUCAUAUCUUGCUUCUGAAAGGGGCACGGAUAGAAAGGCCCCAUGACUACUUCUGCAAGUGCAAUGAAUGUGCCGAGAAGCAGAGGAAAGAUUCCUUCAGUCACUCUCGAUCGAGAAUGAAUGCCUACAAAGGAUUAGCAAGUGCCGCUUAUUUGUCUCUUUCCAGUGAAGACCCCGUUCUUACUGCUUUAGAACUAAGCAAUGAAUUGGCAAGACUAGCCAACAUUGAAACUGAAUUUAAGAAUGAUUACAGGAAGUUAUCUAUGCAAUGCAAGGAUUUUGUUGUGGGUGUACUGGAUCUCUGCAGGGAUACAGAAGAAGUGGAGGCUAUUCUAAAUGGAGAUGUGAACAUAAAAGUGUGGCCUGAGCAUCACCGCCCAAGCCUGAGCAGAAUUAAACUUGCCAUUAAAUAUGAGGUCAAAAAGUUUGUUGCUCACCCCAACUGUCAGCAGCAACUGCUCACCAUGUGGUAUGAAAAUCUCUCAGGCUUACGUCAGCAGUCUAUAGCUGUGAAAUUCUUGGCUGUCUUUGGAGUCUCGGUAGGCCUUCCUUUCCUCGCCAUAGCAUACUGGAUCGCUCCCUGCAGCAAGCUGGGACGGAUCCUCCGAAGCCCUUUCAUGAAGUUUGUGGCACAUGCAGUUUCUUUUACAAUCUUCCUUGGACUGUUAGUAGUGAAUGCCUCAGACCGGUUUGAAGGAGUGAAAAAUCUUCCCAACGAGACCAUCACGGAUCAUCCCAAACAAAUAUUUAGAGUAAAAACUACUCAAUUCUCAUGGACAGAACUGCUAAUCAUGAAGUGGGUUUUAGGUAUGAUAUGGUCAGAAUGCAAAGAAAUCUGGGAAGAGGGACCACGCGAAUAUGUCAUGCAUCUUUGGAACCUGCUGGAUUUUGGGAUGCUAUCUAUCUUUGUGGCAUCGUUCACUGCAAGGUUCAUGGCCUUUCUCAAAGCAACUGAAGCCCAACAAUAUGUAGACCAGUACGUUCAGGAUGAUGACCUCAGUAAUGUCACCCUUCCCCCUGAAAUUGCUUACUUCACUUAUGCCAGGAACAAGUGGCUUCCCUCGGACCCUCAGAUCAUAUCAGAAGGACUAUAUGCAAUAGCUGUGGUACUCAGCUUCUCCCGCAUUGCUUACAUUCUUCCAGCCAAUGAAAGCUUUGGCCCUCUUCAGAUCUCUUUGGGAAGGACUGUGAAGGAUAUCUUCAAAUUCAUGGUCAUCUUCAUCAUGGUGUUUGUUGCCUUCAUGAUUGGAAUGUUCAACCUUUAUUCUUACUACCUUGGUGCAAAAUAUAACCCAGCAUUUACAACGGUAGAAGAAAGUUUUAAAACCUUAUUCUGGUCAAUAUUUGGCUUGUCUGAAGUGAUAUCAGUGGUGCUGAAGUAUGAUCAUAAGUUCAUUGAGAAUAUUGGCUAUGUACUCUAUGGAGUUUAUAACGUUACCAUGGUGGUGGUGCUGCUCAAUAUGUUAAUAGCCAUGAUCAACAACUCUUAUCAGGAAAUUGAGGAGGAUGCAGAUGUGGAGUGGAAAUUUGCUCGUGCCAAGCUCUGGUUAUCAUACUUUGAUGAAGGAAGGACUCUGCCUGCUCCUUUUAACCUAGUGCCAAGCCCUAAAUCGUUUUAUUAUCUCAUAAUGAGAAUAAAAAUGUGCCUCAUAAAACUCUGCAAAUCUAAGGCCAAAAACUGUGAAAAUGAUCUUGAGAUGGGUAUGCUGAAUUCCAGGCUACGGAAAGUUCGUUUUCAGUCAAGCGCUCGAAAUUCAGAAAACUUUACUGUGAAGAAGGGUUAUAACAAGCCCACGAGAUAUCAGGUGGCAACACGUCUUCCAUCUGGAUUGAACUACCUUGGCCAUCUCCAGCAUACAAAAAUAAUGAAGCGUCUUAUUAAGCGAUAUGUCCUGAAGGCUCAGGUUGAUCGAGAGAAUGAUGAAGUCAAUGAAGGAGAACUUAAAGAGAUUAAGCAAGAUAUUUCCAGUCUCCGCUAUGAGCUUCUAGAAGAAAAGUCAGAGGCUACUGGAGAGUUAGCAAGACUAAUACAGCAGCUGAGUGACAAGUUUGGGAAGAACUUAAAUAAGGACAUUUGACGGUGAUCAAAGAAAGAGACAACUCGUUUUCUAAACAUUAUUUGAUAUUUCAACCAGCAUUUUAAGAGAGCAAAAACAGUGCAAGAGAUGGGUACUGAGCCCUCAACUUUUGCCACCUAAGAAAUAUUGGUAAGGGCACCGUGCAUUAGAAUAUGUUUUUGGGUAAAGCCAACGAUCAGUUAAUAUCUUUACGAUAUAAAGGUGACAUUUUGGUAUAAAACAAGCCCAUUGACAUCAGAAAUAGAUGCACCAUCUCCAAAAGAUAAUCAUGCUUAUAUUAGAUACAAAGCACCUUUUAAAAAAGGCAAACAGCCAAAUCCUCAGCUAGUAUGAAUCAGCAUAGUUCCAUUGAAGUCAAUGGAGCCAAACAGAUUUAUAUCAACAGGAGAUCUGACCCCUAGGGCUUAGAUCUGGGCUUAGAUCUGCAGAAAAAUAUUCCACGAAUAUUCAUUAAAACUUUUAAACAAAUUCACCUUCACUUAGAUGUGUGCACUCCUUUUGUGCUUGCUUUCCAUGGACACCCAUGAAAUUGAGUUAGAAUAGCAUUGAGGUUAAUAGAAAGCAAAUGUGAAAACACAUACUAAAAUAUAGUGAUCUCAAAUUGCCUUCCUAUGAGGAUUUAUACUAGGAACUUCAUUUCAAGAGUUAACUCAUUCAGUCAAGGAAGAAUAACAACAUCAUGUGACUUGUGACCAAUCACAAUGUGGCAACUCAGCUCAGAUUUUGAAUAGCAUCAAUGAAAUUCACAAGGAAUGUUUCAGAAUGGUUUCAAACUAUGAAUACAUUUGGAAAAAAAACCCACCUCAAGCUGGCUGAGGACUUUCCGUCAACAAAAAGGGGAAUUUGUCAAAAAAAAAGGAUUUGCUAGGAGUUAUUUGCUCAGGCACAGUAAAGAAAAACAGGGAGAAGUUUUAACAAUUAAACCAAUUUACAAGCUGCAGUAGUACAAAGUCCUCCGGUUGUACCCUUACAAGGGAAAAUUUCAGAACAUGAUGCAGCUGAAAACUCAGUUGCUUGUUUAUUUGGUGUUUUAAGCUGCUAAAGCACACCUUAUUACUUUGGAAACACCAAACUGUACUGUUUGUUUACAAGGUGCACCUAUGAGAUGACCAUUACAUUUAGAUAUCAGCUAAGAAAAAUAAGCAGAAUCCGAAGGUGACCUGUGAUCAGUUCUUAAGUGCCAGACGAGAACCCAGAUAGCCUAGUAGAGUAAUAGUUAUAUUUGUAAAAAAAACAAAAACAAUAAAAAGAAAAAAGUGUACUGUAGGUAAACCUGUUUAGAGAAAAAAAUCAAAAUAAUGUAUUUUUACCUUUAAUAAGAUUAUCUUGUAUACUGUAAUAUUUUUACCUAAAAAUGAGGGGGCGGGGAAUAAAAUUACCUCACAAUAUUUGUUGCACCUUGAGUGAAAUAUUUGUCUGAUAUUUUAAAUACUCGCCGAGGAAAUAGAAGUUUCACUGGCUGUUGACAAUGUGUGAGCAGGACCAAAGUUACAUAUGCUACCAGCCUACUGCU